CCAGUUCAGUCUCCUCCCUAGCACGUCCUCUCCGCGUCGUCCCCGCCCGGUGCGGGAUAAAACAAGUCUGGAGGCUCAAGGCACCAGCUUCCGGAAGUUCAGAGGUUGCAGGGCCGAACCAUGGGGAAGAAACGCGACGCCAUCCUGGAGGCACUGGAGAACCUGACCACGGAUGAGCUCAAGAAGUUCAAGCUGAAACUGGGGUCGGUGCGGCUGCGCGAGGGCUGUCGGAACAUCCCGCGGGGGGCGCUAGGGCCGCUCGAUGCGGUGGACCUCACUGACAAGCUGGUGGUAUUCUACUGCGAGGACUAUGCUGCAGAACUCACCGCAGACAUACUGCUGGACAUGGGCAUGCAGGAAGAAGCGACCAGGCUUCAGGGUGUUGCGUGAGUUCCCAGCGCUGGGGAUUCCAUUCAUGCAAUAAAAGAUGGGCGAGUUUGGGAGUUCUGAAGUCAUCAGCAGAGGAGACUGGGGGAUAAGAAGAGGAGCAACAAAAUGCUGAUGAAGCCCCCACCCCACCCCAGCCCACGCAUACACAACAGUCAUACACAUGGCAGCUUCAACUCAGCAGGGAUCAAUCCAGGAUCCCUCUGUGCCUCCAGACUCCCUCCCCUGUCCCUGCACCUGUUUAUAACCCAAUAAAUACUUCAAGACCUUCCUGGACCCUUUGGACAUAAACCCGCCAAUAGCUACAUGUAUGUGAUUUGUCAUUUGUAUAAUAUGUACAAGCGAAUGUGUGCCAGCAUUUCCAU